AUGCCACAUGACUUUUUUGGUUAAUAUUUUGAUUUAAUUAAGUUGGAUAAUUAAGCUACAUAGAAGAAUACCUAGUUAGAGAUUAUUAAGAGUUGGCUAAAUUUAUAUUAAUCUACCUAAACUGAGAUGAGCCAGUUGUCGAAGCCAAAUGAUCUUUACUGUCUGUCUACGAUAGUGAUUACUAAGAAAGUUAAUGAUUUUUUACAAAAAUAUUUCUUUUGUGUUAAUAUCUUUAAGUUUUUAAUUUAAAUGAGUCUACAUCUUCUUCAAAGUGUUCCAAGGUAAUUUAAUUCUAAUGUUUAGUUUAAAUAUUAUCACUUCUGUUUGUAAAAGGCUGCUGAGUAGAAAGUGUUCGGUAUGGCGAGUUUUAAGAAUAAAUUGAUGAAGCACAGUUGUUAGGAUUAACAGCAGAUUUACUAGCAGAAGUAGUAGUAGCUUAUUAUUAAUUUAACUAAUUUUCUUGAGAAAUAUCUGGAAAUUGAAUAUUAAGUAAAUUUUAUUUUGAAUUAACUUGGGUAAUAAAGCUAUCUGCAAUUUUUUAAGCAUAGAUUUAUGUUUCAGGAGUAAUUUUAGAUUAAUUUAUAAUAUUCAUUUUAAGCUAUUCAAUUUAUUCAUUAUAGGCAUUUUUGUUAACCUUUAUAUUGA